UAAAUAUAAAUAAAAGCAAACCAAAGCAGAGCAGCAUUGUAUAAAAAGAAAAACUGAGUCUGUCUGUUUUUCCUCAUCAGUGAAGAACAAAAAGCAAGCAAGCAUCAAUGGAAGAAAAGCAAUCCAUAGUGCUAUUCCCAUUCAUGGCACAAGGUCACAUAAUCCCAUUCUUAGCACUAGCCUUACACCUCGAACAAAAAAACAAAAACCACAACAUCACCAUAAUCAACACCCCACUCAACAUUCAAAAACUCAAAUCAUCUCUCCCACAAAACUCCAAAAUCAAACUCCUUCAAAUCCCUUUCAUCUCUUCCAACCAUAAUCUCCCACCCAACACAGAAAAUACCGAUACUGUCCCUUACAACCUCGUCAUCAAACUCAUCCAAGCUUCUCUUUCUCUCCAAUCACCCUUCAAACAACUCAUCCAAAACCUCAUCACCCAACAACCUCAUCAUAAAUUUUCCAUAGUUUCCGAUAUUUUCUUCGGUUGGACUUCAACCGUCGCUAAAGAGCUCGGUCUUUUUCACGUUGUUUUCAGUGGUUGUAGCGGUUACGGUUUAGCUUGUUAUUAUUCUCUCUGGAUGAAUCUCCCUCACCGUGUAACUAACUCCGAUGAGUUUCUGUUACCGGAUUUUCCAGAAGCGCGUUUGAUUCAAAGAAAUCAAUUACCAAACAACAUUUUACAAGCAGAUGGAACCGAUCCGUGGUCGAUUUUUCAACACAAGAAUCUCUCUGACUGGGUUAACUCGGACGGAAUUUUGUUUAACUCGGUUUCGGAAUUUGACUCGGUUGGGCUAAGCUAUUUCACUCGAAAGCUUCAAAUCCCGGUUUGGUCGAUCGGACCGGUUGUUUUAUCAACCGGAACCGGUUCGAGAGGGAAAGGGGGUGGAAUAAACCCUAAAACUUGCUUAGAAUGGCUUGACGCAAAACCCUCAAAAUCGGUUCUGUUUAUUUGUUUCGGAUCUAUGAACACGAUUUCUGAUAAACAAAUGAUGCAAUUGGGAACCGCAUUGGAACGUAGCGGUAGAAAUUUCGUUUGGGUAGUGAGGCCACCGAUUGGGUUUGAUAUAAAUUCAGAGUUUAAAGCUGAAGAGUGGUUACCGAAAGGGUUUAUGGAGAAGAUUGUGGAAACGAACAAGGGUUUGAUUGUGAAUGAUUGGGCCCCACAAGUUGAGAUUUUGUCACAUGGGUCUGUUUCUGCGUUUCUGAGUCACUGUGGUUGGAACUCGGUGUUGGAAUCGUUGAAUCAUGGUGUUCCAAUUCUUGGGUGGCCUAUGGCAGCUGAACAGUUUUUUAAUUGUAAAAUGUUGGAAGAAGAGAUUGGGGUUUGUGUUGAGGUUGCAAGAGGGAAGAGUUGUGAGGUGAAGUGGGAAGAUAUAGUGGAGAAAAUUGAAAUGGUUAUGAGUGAGAGAAGUGAGAGUGGGGUGAAGAUAAGAGAGAAUGCUUGUAAGAUUAGGGAUAUGAUAAGGAAUGCUGUCAAAUAUGAAGAUGGCUUUAAGGGCUCUUCUGUUAAUGGUAUUGAUGAAUUCUUAGCAGCUGCUGCAUUGAGCAAGAAAGAACCACAACAAUGUCAAUAAUUUCUCUUUUUUCACUAUCAUUAUCAUCAUCAAGUAAUUAUGCAACUGUUUUAUUAUUUUCUUUUUGUUUAGUUUACUUGCUAAUGCUUUUGUGGGCUAAUCUAUAAUCUCUCAGGAUUUGGUCACUUUCACUUCUAGAACAAUUUUUCUUUUAUACAUCAGAAGGACUUUAAUUACUACUUGUGUAUUUUACCAUGUUGUAUAACAAAGAAAGACGAUAAGAACUACAACAACAAUAAUAAUUAUUUGAGAUAGUAUGAAGAGUUUGACAA